AUGCCCUCGUCGCCCGAUAACGCAGCUGCCUUUGCCAAUCCCCCGCCUAGCGCCGGAUACGUAUACAACCACCACCGCAAUCGCUCCCGAGGUCUCGAGAACCUGCAGAGUCGCGGACGCAACAUAUCCAGAUAUGAGUUUGGGCGAAGAGACAGGUAUGGGGAGAGGGUUACGAGAAUCUACCCCAGAGAGAUAACAAACGCCGCCAAGACUACCGCGCGGUAUUCGUCCUCUCCCGCUCCCAUACCGACUACCUCACCUUUGAUCAAGGCGCUUGGCUCGACUACCACCACCGCAGCCCACUACACCAACGAGUGGACCAAGUCGCUCCCUUACUUUGCCGCACAGCAGCCUGCUUCCAACGGUCGGAGCAUCAGUGGAUCACCCCCGGGCUUGACUCCGGGACAGAGCUACGGUGUUUCGCCGUCUCCUCCAACCAUCGGCGGUCGGCCGUUGAGCCACCCCAACCACUACCCUAGCUUCGGCGGUAGGCUUCAAGGCUCCCCACAUCAAUCUCCGUCACGGGAUCGUCGCGCCUCCAUGUUUUCGAAGUACUCGAGUCAGCCUCCACUUCCGCAUGAGCCACAAUCUCACUUUUACGGUUUACCAGAGAUCGACUUCGGCCUCGAUCCUCCGCAAAGCGAACUCCUUCCGGGCUCCAACGGCUACUUCUGCGGCUUUGACACUCUUGACUCCGUCAGCGACAAACCUUCCUCGCACGCCGGUCAGAAUGUUCUCUUGGUGGGAUAUGAGGGCGGUCUCGAUGUGCUUGAUGUAGGAAGAAGCCACAUGAACGUUUUGGGUAGGAUUGAAGGUCUAAAAGGCGCUGUCAUCGGCGCCAAGAUAUUACCUUGGACUGAUACUGCCGACCCAUGCGCGGAAGAGAGACCUCUCAUUGCCCUCAUCAUCCAUGCUCCAGUACUUGACGGCAUCAAAGACACUCACAACCCCAGUGGCUCCUCUUCUGCUGCGGGUACCAGUGAGAAUGAAGGAUCAUCAAGCCCUCCCACCAGGCCUGCUUCUGUCCUAGCAGAUAAUGCCACUGAUGUAUCCCAUUACCAGACCACCGUUGAGAUUUGGUCGAUGAAGAACGGAAAGAGUGUUGCUACGUUGUACAAGAGCGCGCUUGUCCCUGUGUCAGCAAAGGUUCCGUUGGAUAGUACUCUUUUCCAGCCACCGCCGCCCGUUGGCGAUCUUCGAAUUGCCGCCAACGGCCGCUUCGUGGUAGUUGCCUCUGGAGUUAGCGGAGAAGUCUUUGUGUUUGCCCCAAAGGAAGAUGAGGCCAAUCCCGGAAGCUUUAGAUGCAUCGGAAAAGUCUGGACUACCGUUCAAGUCCGCGAACACACGCCCAGCUCGAGCGCGGCCAGCUCAACUGAAGCCAGCAGCGUGGAAGCAGAGACCACAAGCACGUAUGGCGUUCCGUUGUUUGCGCUGUGUGAGCACUGGCUGGCAGUUGUACCCCCAGCGUCGUCUUCAAUAUUCUCCACCAACGGUAUGCCACUCCUGUCGCCUUCGCACCCGAAGCCUCCUGGUAUCACAACGCACGCACCUCCACCCCCGCCUCCUACGACCUGCCAAGUGGAUGCGCCGGAAGACAGCUUUAUCGGCAAGGCUUCGCGCGAAAUGGCCCAGCAGGCCAUGAAAGGCAUGCAAUGGGCAGCUAGUACUGGAAUGACGGCCUGGAAGAACUACUGGAACAAAUCCGAACAGGCGAAUGCUGUCCCGGUGCAGGAAAUGCAGCCCCCGCCGCAACCUUAUUUCCCACCAACACAUGGAGUUGGUGGCCAGGCGGCGAGCCAGCCCAGCAACGAGCCUACGCUUGUGUCCAUUUUCAGCCUGCAAAGGAUGGAAGAUGCCGAGAUCACGCGAAGCCGCAAUGCUCUCAACCCUCUUGCGACGUUUUCUUCCCCGCUUGGAUGCAGCUUCCUGUCAUUCUCUCCGAGUGGCCUAAUGCUCAUGACGUUCAGCAAGAAGGGAGACAACCAGUUCGUUUGGGAUCUCAAUAACCUCAACCACAACAAGGCUGGCAACAACCCUGCUCGCUCUUCGAAUUCGCACGUACGUCAGGUAGUCAAGUUCACGCGGAUGACCAUUGCAAACAUUAUCGACGUCUCUUGGUCUUCGCCCAAGGGUAAGAGACUUGCAAUCCUUACCGAGAAGGGCACCGUCCAUAUGUAUCCUAUGCCGGCCUCUGCGUUCCAGUGGCCUCCUCCAAGGCGUGCGCGGAAACCAAAUGAACAGAAGACCAAAGAUGGAGCGGAUUCAGCGUCAAACGCGAAGAACAGUGGUAAAGUCGGUUCCGCUGCGCAGACCAUCACAGGAAAGGCUAUACCCUUUUUAAACGCGGUCCGCAGCCGGGGUGGCGGAGUCGGAACUGCCUUUAGCGGUCUCAGCAUGACCCCCGCAGCUGGUGCUAAGGGUGGUAAAGCUGUCGCAGCGGGUCUGGGCAAGACAAUGGCCGGCGCCGCAGUCAACUUGAAGCAUGCUGGCGACAACAAGCUACAUCUUCCUUCGCUCGCUAACGGCGUCAACCCCAACUCUGUCCGCUGGCUGGCCAGCAGCAAGAAGAAGAAGCACGAGCGUAUUGCCCUUGUUGCUGGUGGUGUUUUGACAAUCUACAGCGUCACCUUCCAGGCAGUCCGCAGCCGCAACACGGGCGCGCAAACACGCAUCAACAAGAGAAAACUUGUGGAAUACAGCCUCAACCCCAUCCGCGACACUCGCAUCGCACCCUCCGUCAUGAACUACCUCGAGUCCAAGCCAGGCGAGGAACCACGUCCGUUCCCAGGCACGGAGAAGGCCGCCGAGUCAUACUGGACCCCUCGCGCCCCCACUGUCAACCGAGACAAGGGCCAGCGCAACCUUACACAGCCGCUGGCCGUCGCCGAAAUAGAAGCAAACACACCCUACCAGCCCUUCCACACAGAUCGACGCAUUGACCUCUUCGGAAACGAAGAGGCAGCGCCAGCGCCGCAGAACGGGGAGCACAACCACUGGGAGGAGCACCAAUCUCAGCAAGCUCUUGUUCACCACAGCCACGUCGAUGACGCAACCGAAUGGUCGUUCGGCGAGGAGCUGCCCUCGGCAAAGCUUUCGCUGCCCUCUUACUAUGCCUUUGAGGACGAGGACCCCCUAGCGGACGACAUGAUGGGGCUGGUCAUGGGCGGCGAGGGCGCGGCAGGCCAGGGCGCUGCCGGCAUGAUGAGCAGUUUAGUGAUGAAGGAGGGGGAUGAGGAAGUCGAGCAGGUCGUGGUGACGACGAGGCGGCGGCGCAACAAGAGGAAGUCGGAGAUGGAUGACGGCGACGACGAGGAGGGCUUCUUCGAGGACGAUUGCGAGGUCUGGGACUUUGCGAACGACCGCGUUUGA